AUGGAGGGUGAAACUGUAGUCAAUAACGUGAUGUGCCUUUUGACGCACCAAGAUGGAGCUGCUCUUGGUCCUACUAUGUACCUACCUCAGAACAUAGGUCCACAACAGCUUCAACUCAUCGUCAAUCAGCUUCUAAAAAAUGAGGAGAAAUUGCCGUAUGCUUUUUAUAUAUCAGACGAGGAGCUUCUUGUUCCGCUUGAAACAUACUUGCAGAAACACAAAGUGUCGGUGGAGAAAGCAGUGCCUAUAGUUUGUCAACCUCAAGCUGUUUUCAGGAUUCGUCCUGUGAGUCGAUGUUCUGCAACAAUUUCUGGUCAUGGUGAAGCUGUAUUGAGUGUUGCCUUUAGUCCUGAUGGGCGGCAGCUAGCAAGUGGUUCUGGAGAUACCACGGUUCGAUUUUGGGACCUUGGCACUCAGACACCAAUGUACACAUGCACAGGACACAAGAACUGGGUCCUUUGUAUUGGAUGGUCACCUGAUGGCAAGUAUCUUGUAAGUGGGAGCAAGUCAGGAGAACUUAUAUGUUGGGACCCACAAACCGGAAAGCAAUCAGGAAAUGCUUUAACUGGCCAUAAGAAAUGGAUUACCGGUAUCUCUUGGGAACCUGUCCACCUGAAUGCUCCUUGCCGCCGCUUUGUAAGUUCCAGCAAAGAUGGGGAUGCUCGUAUUUGGGAUGUUUCUUUGAAGAAAUGUAUCGUACUCAGUGGCCACACACUUGCAGUAACAUGUGUAAAAUGGGGUGGAGAUGGUGUUAUUUAUACUGGAUCCCAGGAUUGUACAAUCAAAGUUUGGGAAACCACACAAGGGAAGCUAAUUCGGGAACUGAAGGGACAUGGCCAUUGGGUUAAUUCUUUAGCAUUGAGUACCGAGUAUGUUCUUCGCACCGGAGCUUUUGAUCAUACUGCAAAACAUUUGUCAUCUCCAGAGGAAAUGAAGAAGGUAGCUCUUGAAAGGUACAAAUCAAUGAGAGGUAAUGCCCCUGAGAGAUUGGUCUCUGGAUCUGAUGAUUUCACAAUGUUCCUCUGGGAACCCUUCAUCAACAAGCAUCCCAAAACCCGCAUGACAGGUCAUCAGCAGCUUGUGAACCAUGUCUAUUUUUCGCCUGAUGGGCAAUGGAUAGCAAGUGCUUCUUUUGAUAAAUCUGUGAAGAUAUGGAAUGGAACUACAGGGGCAUUUGUCACUGUCUUUCGUGGCCAUGUUGGGCCUGUUUACCAGAUCAGCUGGUCUGCAGACAGUAGACUUCUUUUAAGUGGAAGCAAAGAUUCUACUCUUAAGGUUUGGGAUAUUCGGACUCGCAAGUUGAAGCAAGACCUUCCAGGCCAUGCGGAUGAAGUGUUUUCUGUUGAUUGGAGUCCAGAUGGAGAGAAGGUGGCUUCUGGGGGUAAGGAUAAAGUGUUGAAGUUGUGGAUGGGUUAG